ACAGAAACAUUGACUAAAUAACCUAACAAAAAAUGAUGUCCACCAACUGAACACGUCUUAGCACAAAGUAAAGUUUUCCGAAUUUUCUACUCACCCAUCACCAUCAACCCUAAAUAACCAUGAAGCUACUACAGGAAUACAAUAAUAUAAUAAUAUCAGCGACCAAACAUGAAAUAGCCAAUAUGAAGGAUGGCUCAUGUGAUCUGAAGAAAAAAUCUAACAACUCUCUUCAAAUGAACCCUGUUGCUAGUGGCGACAAUGUAACCACAGGACUAUCUGCUCAUAGGCUCAAGGAAGAACUACCCCUCCUUGUUCCUUGUUGUGAGGGACGGGAAUUACAGAUAAGUGAAGAUUUGGUGCGUAGCGGUUUGUCUGCGAUCUCCGUGAAACACGACAGCGCCCUCCAGUGCCUGAGCAUGUCCAACUGCGAAACGCUACAAGUACCACCCGGUAUUGUUAAGCAUCGGAACUCGUUUCGUUCUCUUCACCGACCUGAUCUAAAACGAGUACCUUAUCUACGUCGCAUGAAGCCCGAUGAAUUGGAACUGCUGUUCAGAGGCUAUGCAGAUUUGCCAGCGCGAAGUCUCCAAGAGAACAAAGAAUCGUCACAAAUAAUCUUUCCGUUCGCACAGAGUGUAACUAAAGCGAUUAAACAAGAAAAUGUGGAUCACGAUAAGGGCAUGGCGAAUUUCUUGCAUCCAAUUCCCGAGACGAAAUCCGGCGCUGAAGAUGUACCGGCCGGCAUGAGACUUCACGGGACCAGAGCACGACUGUACACUUCGGUGCUGGCCGGGGCUAGCACAGAACAGACCGAGGAAAUAGCCGUCAAUGAUUACGAUGCGACUGUACCAGAAGAUCUUCCGGACGACGAGGUUCCACUGAACGAGGAACUACAGAUUAUUUUGCCUCCACGCUGCGAUGACGUCACUGCCGAAUCAUCAGUAACCAAGACAGGCUGACGCAAAAUGAAUAGUAAAUCUAUUGCAAUACAGCACAAAUUAAUUGAUGAAGUUUAUACGUGACACGUUGAAGUUAAAGGUGCGCAGGAAAGCUACGAAAUUAAUACAAAAGUCGAGAAAGAAAUUUGCCAAGCUGCUCAUGUAUAUGCACUGGAUUUUGGAUGAUCUCAUUCCAGUAACUUAGGAAUAUCCUUGAUCUCUGUGAUAAAUUACAUAAUAAAUUUAUUUUAUACUAUAA